UUUAUCUUCUUCUUUUUUCCACCAAAGAGUAGACUUGUAUCUCUGGAAAAUCUAUCAUCUUUACCAAUAAUUUUAGCUAUAAAUUGAAUUUCCGCCAGAUGGGUUCUUCAAAAAAAAAAAAAAAUAGUGAGAACUUAAAAUCUUUUUUUGGAGACCAUGGGAGAAGAAGCUGCAGAUGAUCAAACCCCAUUUCUUCAAACUCAACCAGCAGAGCAUCCUCUCCAGAGAACUGAUUACAUGGAUACAUUGCACCACCAGCCCUCACCCAUGUCUUCUUCAACUUCAUCAUAUGCACUGGGAAAUCGUUGGAUGCACUUUUGUCAUUGUGGAAUAAGGGCACCAGUGAAGACAUCAUGGACAGGUGGAAGCGUUGGGAGGAGGUUUUGGGUGUGUGAAAAAUAUCGGGUUGAUGAUACUUGUGGAUACUUUGCUUGGCUUGACCCUCCUACAAGUGCACGUGGUACAGAAUUGCUGCCUUUGCUUAGAGAGAAGAUAGCAUAGAGAAGGAGGUGGCAGCAGCUCAUGCAAAGGAAAUUAAAAUUUCUCCAACAUUCACUUUUAUUCCUAGUACUAUUUUUGGGUUUUGUUUGAUAAUAGUCUUUUGGGUCCUAUUUAUCGG